GGUCCGGGAAGAUCCCACAUGCCGCGGAGCGGCUGGGCCCAUGAGCCAUGGCCGCUGAGCCUGCGCGUCCGGAGCCUGUGCUCCGCAACGGGAGAGGCUGCAACAGUGAGAGGCUCGCGUACCGCAAAAAACUAAAAAGAAAAAUGCUGCUUUAACAAGGGUUGUUGUGUGCCCACUCCCUGCCAGGCAUCGAGAGCCCAAACGUGAGCAGAACCUGGCCCUCAUCAGUGCUGCCAGCCUAGGGUUGGAGUCUCCCAAGCCUGGGCCUUGAACACUAAAAUGCAGAUUCCUGGGCCCAUCCACGACCCACUGAAACAGAGUGCCAGGGCCAUCUGCAUUUAUCAAGCUCCCUGGGUGAGUCUUGCACAUGGAGGUUGAGAUUCUCUCACUUUCAGUGGCCCAGGUAUGUGUGUGUGUGUGUGUGUGUGUGUGUGUGUGUGUGAGAGAGAGAGAGAGAGAGGAGAGCGGGAAAGAGCAAUUUCCUCUUUCCCUCUCUGAGGGUGGGGCUGCUGCAGAGUGCAGGAAAGCAGUCAGUUCUGUAAGCUGUGCUGUGUGUGUGUGUGUGUGUUUUCAUGUGUGGGGGGCGGGCACGGUGUCCCAGGAGGACAGAGUUUGCAUUGAUGAAACCCUUCCCAGCCCUUUGAUGCCUCUUUCCCUCUGCCCUGAAGUUAACCAGCUCAAUCCUCCGUGCAUCCCGCUCGCCGGCCGCGCUCACUCACGGGCCAGGAUGGCGCUCUGUCUGGCCCUGCGCAUGGCACUGCUGCUCCUCUCCGGGGUCCUGGCCCCUGCGGUGCUCACAGCCGAGGGCCCGCAGGAGCCCGUGCCCACCCUGUGGAACGAGCCCGCCGAGCUGCCGUCGGGAGAAGGCCCCGUGGAGAGCACCAGCCCCGCCCGGGAGCCGGCGGUCAGCGGCCCGCCCGCGCCCACCGCCGCGCCAAGCCCCGAGGACAGCACCGCGCGGGAGCAUCUGGACCAGGGCGGCGGCUCGCUGGGACCCGGCGCCAUCGCGGCCAUCGUCAUCGCCGCCCUGCUGGCCACUUGCGUGGUGCUGGCGCUCGUGGUCGUCGCGCUGAGAAAGUUUUCCGCCUCCUGAAGCGAAUAAAGGGGCCGCGCCGCGGCGCGACUCGGCGCCACCCCCGGUGCGCGCCCCCGUGUC